AUGGCUACGAUUCUUCGGAGCUCAAGGAAUCUGCAGCGCCUGACCACGAGAUCGCGACACAGCCUUUGCGGCUCUUGUAUAUCACACCUCGAGAAAUCUCAAUUUCAAGUUACAAAUGUCCCUGCAAGAUCAUAUGCUACAAAUCCAAAGGAACCGAAAGCCAGUGAGGAAGUACCAAAGGCUAAAGAAAAGAAGAAAGUCAUCAAUUCCCGCCAAAAAGGCAAGCCUGCUCCCGGCUUCGAACAACUUUAUGGGAGUGGUAGCCCGUUAUGGCUUCAAAGUACGCAAUCGCAUGGCGCUGGGAAACAGCUUCCCCCAAAUCGGUCACCGCUCAGCAACAAGGAGGUUGAAAGCUUAGACAAUCUAUUGCAGACACUCAAAAAGGGUCUCCCAACGAAAGAAUUCCAAAAAGUGGAGGAGGUCUUUCAAACAUUCAAGAGGAUCGGCCUGCCGAAGGAAUUCCGUGAGAUUAUGGCCAAGCUGGAGAACGGCGCGCCGCUAGAUAUUGCCACUGCUGCAAGGCUUGUCCGAAUAACUCAGAAAACCCUGAAAGAUGUCCGAGAAACUCAGAUGAACCAAGAUGAGGAGAACCUCAAGGAUAAGUCCAAAUCAUCCCGCGAGGAAUCAUCCGGGCCAAAAGGCUCCUCGAAGAAAUCUCGGUCGAGACAAGACUCUCAGUCUUCGGGCAAUAGGAUAUUUGGAAUGCAGUUAGAUCCCGUCACCUUUGCUGGAGGAUUGUUUGCUGGCUACAUGCUCUACAAACUAUUCAGCCCUGGUGAUUAUUCCAAACAGAUUACCUUCCAGGAAUUUAAAACCACCUUCCUUGAUAGAGGACUGGUUACAGGACUCACUGUGCUCGACGAACAUAGAGUGAGGGUUGAGCUACACCGCGAAGCUGUCGGGCGGAUGUAUCCGGAAAGUCCUGCUCAGCAUGAGAAUUUCCGUUAUUACUUUACGAUCGGGUCUGUCGAGGCCUUCGAGGUGAAGAUAGAAGGGGCUCAAGACGAGUUGGGCAUCCCGAGCUCUCAACGGAUACCGGUAUCUUACAGGAGUGAAUCUCGAGCCUUCCAAUUCUUCCUCUCUUUUGGACCUACGGUGCUAUUCAUUGGCUUGCUAUUCUACCUAACCCGGCGCGCUGGAGGCUCAUCCGGCGGAUCGAGCGGUAUCUUUGGGAUGGGGAGGAGUAAGGCGAAGAAAUUCAAUCAAGACAGUGAAGUCAAAGUAAAGUUCAAGGAUGUUGCUGGCAUGGACGAAGCGAAGCAGGAAAUCAUGGAGUUCGUCAGCUUCUUGAAAGAGCCAGGGCAAUAUCAACGGCUGGGUGCUAAGAUCCCGAGAGGCGCUUUGCUAUCAGGUCCUCCAGGGACGGGUAAGACUAUGCUGGCGAAAGCGACCGCUGGUGAAUCAGGAGUACCAUUCUUCAGUAUAAGCGGUUCAGAAUUCGUUGAGAUAUUUGUUGGUGUAGGUGCUUCUCGCGUACGAGACCUUUUCCAAACGGCGCGGAAGAACACGCCAUGUAUCAUCUUCAUUGAUGAGAUUGAUGCUGUCGGCAAGACCAGGGCUAAGAGUACCGGAUUCGGUGGCAAUGAUGAAAGAGAGGGCACUCUCAACCAGAUCCUCACUGAGAUGGACGGCUUCGAGACUUCAGAGCAGGUCGUGGUGCUUGCAGGAACGAAUCGACCCGAUGUCCUUGACAAAGCGCUUCUCCGUCCCGGCCGAUUUGAUAGGCACAUCGCCAUCGACCGACCUACGAUGGAGGGUCGCAAGCAAAUCUUCAAUGUCCACAUGAGCAAGAUUACAACAAGCGAAGACGGUGAACACCUGACCGGCCGUCUUGCGGCUCUCACGCCCGGCUUUUCCGGCGCCGACAUCGCCAACUGUGUUAACGAGGCCGCACUAAUCGCCGCUCGCACUCAGUCCGAGUCCGUAAGACUUUCGCAUUUUGAGCAAGCCAUCGAGCGCGUGAUUGGUGGCCUUGAAAAGAAAUCCCUUGUUCUCAAUCCCGAAGAGAAAAAAGUGGUCGCCUAUCACGAAGCCGGGCACGCCAUCUGCGGCUGGUUCUUCCGCUACGCUGAUCCCCUUCUGAAAGUGUCCAUCAUCCCUCGCGGUCAGGGUGCCCUAGGAUACGCCCAAUACCUGCCGCCUGGGGAGACCUAUCUCAUGACUGUCAAUCAGCUCAUGGAUCGCAUGGCCAUGGCGCUUGGCGGUCGCGUGUCCGAGGAACUGAACUUUGAGACUGUGACGAGCGGAGCGUCUGAUGAUUUCAACAAGGUCACCCGCAUGGCGACCGCCAUGGUGACGAAAUGGGGUAUGUCGUCCAAAAUGGGCUACGUAUACUUUGAUGACAGCGGCGAACAAUCGCAAUUUCAGAAACCAUUUAGCGAGCACACCGCGCAAGAAAUCGAUGGGGAAGUCAGGAGGAUUGUGGGCGAAGCUCUGACGCAGUGUAGAGAUUUGCUGACGGAGAAGAAAAAGGAGGUGGGGUUGGUGGCGGAGGAGCUGUUGAGUAAAGAGGUUCUGGGGAGGGAUGAUAUGGUGAGGAUUCUGGGUAAGAGACCAUGGGGAGAUAGCAAGGAGUUCACAAAGUAUUUUGGUGAGCCGAUUGCAGAGCCAUCGAUACCUGGUCUAGGUGCUGGAGAGGCAGCGCCCCCGCCUCCGCCGCCGGAAAGUGGUGUUGCUGCUAAUAAGAGGGUGGAUGAAUGA